GCUGAUCAUCGGAUCAAUCCCACUGAGGACAACAAUGCAGCAGUACGGGUUUGCUCCUCCGCUGCAGGGUCCCAGCCAGUCCCAGCUUUACCAGGGAGGGGCACAGGCUUCUGCCCCACCUGUAACAUCAAUGCCACCUCCAUCUUUCUCAGAGAGUGCGUUUGGCACAGUGAACAUAAAGGAUGAUGACGACACCGAGUAUACCAAAGGAGACAUGAACUAUGCUCCAGUAUACGCUUACUACAACUGGGGACAAACAGCCCAGCCUUCAGCUCCUCAACAGUAGAUAUAUCUUCAUCGGCAGCUGUAACAACAUGCAACAGCUCAGCAUUCAGCUCCUCUACAGUGGACAAUUCUUCACCAAUAGCAGCUGUAACAACAUGCAACAGCUCAGCCGUCACCAUCACAGCAGAAACAUCUUCACCAAUAGCAGCUGUAACAACAUGCAACAGCUCAGCCGUCACCUUCACAGCAGAAACAUCUUCAUCAAUAGCAGCUGUAACAACAUGCAACAGCUCAGCCGUCACCAUCACAGCAGAAACAUCUUCAUCAAUAGCAGCUGUAACAACAUGCAACAGCUUAGCCACCAGCUCCUCCAUAGUGGACAAUUCUUCAUCAAUAGCAGCUGUAACAACACGCAACAGCUCAGCCACCAGCUCCUCCACAGUGGACAAUUUUUCAUCAAUAGCAGAUGUAACAAUAUGCAACAGUUCAGCCUUCAGCUCCUCCACAGUGGACAAUUCUUCAUCAAUAGCAGCUGUAACAACAUGCAACAGCUCAGCCACCAGCUCCUCCACAGUGGACAAUUUUUCAUCAAUAGCAGCUGUAACAAUAUGCAACAGUUCAGCCUUCAGCUCCUCCACAGUGGACAAUUCUUCAUCAAUAGCAGCUGUAACAACAUGCAACAGCUUAGCCACCAGCUCCUCCACAGUGGACAAUUUUUCAUCAAUAGCAGCUGUAACAAUAUGCAACAGUUCAGCCUUCAGCUCUUCCACAGUGGACAAUUCUUCAUCAAUAGCAGCUGUAACAACAUGCAACAGCUUAGCCACCAGCUCCUCCACAGUGGACAAUUUUUCAUCAAUAGCAGCUGUAACAAUAUGCAACAGUUCAGCCUUCAGCUCCUCCACAGUGGACAAUUCUUCAUCAAUAGCAGCUGUAACAACAUGCAACAGCUCAGCCACCAGCUCCUCCACAGUGGACAAUUUUUCAUCAAUAGCAGCUGUAACAAUAUGCAACAGUUCAGCCUUCAGCUCCUCCACAGUGGACAAUUCUUCAUCAAUAGCAGCUGUAACAACAUGCAACAGCUUAGCCACCAGCUCCUCCACAGUGGACAAUUUUUCAUCAAUAGCAGCUGUAACAAUAUGCAACAGUUCAGCCUUCAGCUCUUCGACAGUGGACAAUUCUUCAUCAAUAGCAGCUGUAACAACAUGCAGCAGCUUAGCCACCAGCUCCUCCACAGUGGACAAUUUUUCAUCAAUAGCAGCUGUAACAAUAUGCAACAGUUCAGCCUUCAGCUCCUCCACAGUGGACAAUUCUUCAUCAAUAGCAGCUGUAACAACAUGAAACAGCUUAGCCACCAGCUCCUCCACAGCGGACAAUUUUUCAUCAAUAGCAGCUGUAACAAUAUGCAACAGUUCAGCCUUCAGCUCCUCCACAGUGGACAAUUCUUCAUCAAUAGCAGCUGUAACAACAUGCAACAGCUCAGCCACCAGCUCCUCCACAGUGGACAAUUUUUCAUCAAUAGCAGCUGUAACAAUAUGCAACAGUUCAGCCUUCAGCUCCUCCACAGUGGACAAUUCUUCAUCAAUAGCAGCUGUAACAACAUGCAACAGCUUAGCCACCAGCUCCUCCACAGUGGACAAUUUUUCAUCAAUAGCAGCUGUAACAAUAUGCAACAGUUCAGCCUUCAGCUCCUCCACAGUGGACAAUUCUUCAUCAAUAGCAGCUGUAACAACAUGCAACAGCUCAGCCACCAGCUCCUCCACAGUGGACAAUUUUUCAUCAAUAGCAGCUGUAACAAUAUGCAACAGUUCAGCCUUCAGCUCCUCCACAGUGGACAAUUCUUCAUCAAUAGCAGCUGUAACAACAUGCAACAGCUUAGCCACCAGCUCCUCCACAGUGGACAAUUUUUCAUCAAUAGCAGCUGUAACAAUAUGCAACAGUUCAGCCUUCAGCUCCUCCACAGUGGACAAUUCUUCAUCAAUAGCAGCUGUAGCAACAUGCAACAGCUUAGCCACCAGCUCCUCCACAGCGGACAAUUCGUCAUCAAUAGCAGCUGUAGCAACAUGCAACAGUUCAGCUUUCAGCUCCUCCACAGUGGACAAUUCUUCAUCAAUAGCAGCUGUAGCAACAUGCAACAGCUUAGCCACCAGCUCCUCCACAGCGGACAAUUCGUCAUCAAUAGCAGCUGUAACAAUAUGCAACAGCUCAGCCGUCACCUUCACAGCAGAAACGUCUUCAUCAAUAGCAGCUGUAACAACAUGCAACAACAGCUCAGCUAUCAGCUCCUCCACAGUGGAUACAUCUUCACGCAAUAGCAGCUGUAACAACAUGCAACAGCUCAGCCUUCAGCCCUUCCCUGUAUCUGGACCAGACAAUCCAGUGAUUAACAUCAUGAGCAUCGAAGUACGCCA